AGAGUCACCUCAGGAGGGAGUAGCAGCCUACAAACGAAGCCCAGCACAGCUGUAAUCACGUCCUGAUGUUGUACUGUAGGUGAGCGGGAUCAGACCAGUAGGAGUCACCGCUACACCCGCUCUCUCGCUCUGCCGAGCCUCUUAGUGAUUGAGCAGGGAAACAAAAUGCCGGAAGUGGGGUUUCGGGAGAAGGAGUUUCGGGAGUCGUAAGCGUGGAAAGUUUACCCUAUUGAGAAAUCCACUUUUCCCAAGGAUUAAAGCUGCUCUUCGGGUUUUGUUUCGCUGUUCAUUCAUCCGCGCUUUUGCAAUGGGGCUCCCGGCGCUGGAAUUCAGUGAUUCUUUUCUGGACAGUCCUGACUUCAGAGAGCGACUCAAAUGCCACGAAAUUGAGCUGGAUCGUACUAAUAAAUUCAUCAAGGAACUGAUCAAAGAUGGAAAUAUGCUUAUCAGUGCGCUUAAAAAUCUAUCUGCAGCUGUGCAGAAAUUUUCCCAGUCCCUGCAGGAUUUCCAGUUUGAAUGCAUCGGAGAUGCAGAGACAGAUGAUGAGAUUAACAUUGCCCAGUCAUUCAAGGAAUUCUCCCAGCUGCUGAACACGGUGGAGGAGGAAAGACGACGACUGAUACAGAACGCAGAUGAUGUCUUGAUCACACCGCUGGAGAAGUUUCGCAAAGAGCAGAUCGGAGCAGCUAAAGAAGGGAAGAAGAAAUUUGACAAGGAGACGGAGAAGUAUUACACAGUUUUGGAGAAGCACUUAAGCCUGUCUUCAAGAAAGAAAGAGUCACAUUUGCAGGAGGCAGAAACCCAAAUAAAUAAGGAAAGACAGAUUUUCUAUGACGCCUCGCUGGAAUAUGUUUUCAAAAUCCAAGAAGUGCAAGAAAGGAAAAAGUUUGAGUUUGUUGAGCCGCUGCUGGCCUUCCUCCAGGGAUUAUUCACCUUCUAUCACGAGGGUUACGAACUGGCACAUGAGUUCGAGCCGUACAAGCAGCAGCUACAGUUCAACCUCCAGAAUACAAGAAAUAAUUUUGAGAGCACAAGACAGGAAGUGGAGAAUUUGAUGAGAAGGAUAAGGUCUGCAGAGCAGGACUUUAAAGCUCCGGGACAGUGGACCAUGGAAGGCUUCCUCUAUGUGCAGGAGAAGCGACCCUUGGGGUGCACGUGGAGUCGACAUUAUUGCACGUACGAGAAAGGGACCAAAAUGUUUACGAUGAGCAACUCUGAAUUCAAGUCUGGAGGCAAACAGAAUGGAUUGAUCAUGAGUCCUCCUGAGAUGUUUAAGCUGAAGUCCUGCAUCAGGCGGAGGACUGACUCUAUUGACAAGCGAUUCUGCUUUGACAUUGAGGUGGUGGAAAGAGGUAACUCCUGUGAAGGGCUUGUGUUCAAUUAUCUGCAAUGUUUCUAUAAAGUUCAUCGUGUGCCCCACAGACAUGGUAUCAUCACCCUUCAGGCUCUCUCUGAAUCCAACAGAAGACUGUGGAUGGAGGCCAUGGAUGGAAAAGAGCCGAUUUACACCCUUCCAGCACUUUUGAGCAAGAAAGAGGAAACAUUCCUAAAUGAAGCAGGCUUUAAUUUUGUAAGGAAGUGUAUAGAGCUUGUAGAAACGAGAGGCAUUAACACGAUGGGGCUGUACAGAAUAGGUGGAGUUAACUCUAAAGUCCAGCGACUGAUGACCUCAGUGUUUGCGGCCAAAGCUCCUGCAGAUAUGGACCUUGACCCGGACACCUGGGAUAACAAGACCAUCACCAGCGGCCUGAAGAAUUACCUCAGGUGUCUGGCAGAACCCCUCAUGACUUACAGACUCCACAAAGAUUUCAUCAUGGCAGUCAAGUCUGACGAUCAGAAUUACAGGGUCUGCGCUGUUCAUGCCCUCGUCCACAAGCUCCCCGACAAGAAUAAAGAGAUGCUGGACAUUCUGAUAAAACAUCUACAUGUGGUUUCCACACAUAGUCAGAAGAAUCUGAUGACCGUGUCUAACCUGGGUGUGAUUUUUGGCCCAACACUCAUGCGCUCUCAAGAAGAGACGGUUGCUGCCAUGAUGAACAUCAAGUUUCAAAAUAUUGUGGUGGAGAUCCUCAUAGAAAACUAUGACAAGAUAUUUCAUCAAGCUCCAGAUCCUAAUGUCCCUCUGCCACAGCCUCAGUCUCACUCUCAGUCUCGAGCCAGUGCCCGUCGCAGCAAAGCCAUCUGCCUUUCCUCAGGGUCCCGCAAAUCCAGAGGCCUGUACCCUCCCACCUUGUGCCUGGCUGAUGCUGACAGUGACACGUUCAGCAGCAGUCCGAGUAGCACUCCCAUGGGCAGUAUGGAGUCUCUCUCGUCUCACUCUUCAGAGCAGAACAGCUGCUCCAAGACAGGCUCCCCGUCACGAACCAAACACAAGGCAUCAGGGGGCCUGUGCUGGGCCACUCCAUCUCCCUCCUCCAACGGGCCCAAAAGCCCUGCUUGCACCACCAGCCCUGACUCCAGCUCCAAAGAGGACGCCAACAAGACUGAUGGAGAAUGGGAAGAAGCGCUGAGCACAAGCCCAGGCGAUCGAAGCUCUCCGGUUUCAGAUCUCCUUCAGAGAACCCUAGGAGAGACUCUAGAGGAUCAUGGGGAAGAACGACACAGUCUGUCCACCUGCUCUUCUCUCACUUCACUCCACAUUUCUGAGGGUUUCAGGAGCUGUCACGGCUCGAUUCAGAGCCUGGUGUCACGCAGUCAGAGAGACAGUCUCAAGUCCCUCCAUCUGCCGGAGCUUCCUCCUAAAGAGACAGUGAGAUACAGAGCUGACUCCUCAGCCAGCAAUGGCUACCAGAGACCAGGAUCUAUUGUCUCCACACGGGCAGCGAUCUUUGAGAGUCCUGUGAUUUCCCAGCCCACAGCAGGAAGAGAUGCUAAAGCUUUGUAUUCCUGUCAAGCGGAGCACAGUCAUGAGCUGAGCUUCCCUCAGGGGGCGCACUUCUCCAACGUGUAUCCCUCGGUGGAACCUGGCUGGCUUCAAGCGACAUAUAAUGGCAAAACCGGACUCAUCCCAGAGAAUUACGUGGCAUUCUUCUAAAGUUGCCGGAACGGGCAAAUGCCAAGUCCAUGGUAUCCAUGGUGUCCAUUGCUGCAAAGAAAGGGAUCACUAUAUGCCUUAUAAAUAGCGUUUGCAUAACAUUAUAACCAGAUCAUUAACGGUUGUGAUUAAAGUUUAUUCUGGAUGUAAAUAUCACCUUUGUCUUUAAUGUAUUGUAGAUUUUUAUUUCAAUCUAGGUACAUGCAGUUGACUGUAUUAACACAUUUCUGUAUUUAUAUGUGGCCCGCAAUGUUAAUGGGUUCCGAUAUUUCAAAAUAUAAGCUCAGAACACUCUUGAGCAGUGCUGAGGUACGGCUCUGAAGGAAUCUAUGGAUUUGUAUUAUAUAGAGUGAGCAUUAAUUAGCGACUAUAUUAGGUAGCAGAAGAUAAUGUAUUGCCCAAUGUGAUAUUUGUGAAAUUCUUGAACGCGUGUCAAAAGGUAAAUGGUGUUUGGUUGAUGCAGGUCAUCUUUCAUUUUAGUAAUUGCUAAAUCUGUUUGAUGAAAUAAUUUUCAAACUUAGCACUCAUUUUUAUUCCAUGCGAUUUCAAAAGGCUGUAUAGAAAAUUAAUAGUGGAUGUUUUUUAAUAAGAACAUUUCAUGUCCUUAACAUUUUUCUUCCAAAUUUAAAUGAAGUGUGUUUUGAAUGAGCUGAUUUUAUGAGCCAAAUAUGUUUCUUAUAUACUCCAAAUUAAUUUUAUUAUUAUAAUGUACUGUCAGUUUUGUGGCAUUUGGUAAAAUGGUGUAACUAAAAGUGUUCUUUAGGUGUUUUAGCUUAUACCGAAUAUAUUUGUUUUAAUAUAGGGAUAUUUUUUUAUUAAUGAAGUACAAUCAAAAAACAAAGUUGUAAAGUUUGUCUUAGUUGCAGUUAGUUCUAGUUUGUGUUCACGAAAAUGCAGUUGUUCAAGUAACGGUUCUGCUGUAUUUUAUUUUACACUGGUUUGCCAUUUCUGUAUGUUAAAACAAAUUUAUAUGUUAGAAAGUUUGUAAUACUUAUUAUUAACAUCAUUUACAAAGUAAUUUAAUGUUUGAUAUUUUUCUGUUGAACUAUUAAAAUGUCAGUUUAUUUAC